CCCCCCCCUCGCUCUCUCUCUCUCUCUCUCUCUCUCUCGUCUAACGAAGAGACCCAUCAAGAAACCCAAGAACCAACCCGUCCCGCUGUCCCAGAAUCACAAAUCUUCCCAAGAUGUUGAAAGCAGUGUCUCUCUUCGGCCGCAAGAAGACCAUCCGCCCGUUCAAGAACUUCUACGCCGAGUGGAUCGUGACCCUCAGGACCACCCUCCUCCCCGUCCUCCGCCAAUCCAUGUCCUCCAACUCCCCACACCACCUCCUCCCCACCCACGUCGACACCGUCCACACCCACUUCCAGUCCUACUACGCCGCCCUCGACCUCGCCGCAUCCUCCCACAACGACGUCGCCCAGCUCCUCUACCCCGACCACCGCAACCCCCUCGAGUCACCCUUCCUCUGGCUCGGCGACCUCCACCCCUACCUCUUCACCAACCUCCUCCGCUCCUUCCUCAACGACAACGACGAUUUUGACCUCAAAGAAAGCGGAGAGAGAUUGGAUCUUGGUUUGUCUGGGAGGGAUUGGAACGUGGUGACGGCGUGGGGGAGUCCGUCCACGGGGUUAACGAGCCGGGUCGAGCAGAUUGAGUGCGGGUUGAGGCUGAUGGUGCCCGCAAUCUCGGCCCGGUUUCGGGACGCGCAGAAGGGGUUUGUGGAGAGGGUUGGGGCGGAGUGGGGGAGGAGCGAGAGGGAGGAGGGGGCCAAGGGUGGGAUCGAGGAGGCCUUGGAGGCGGAGAUGGAUGAGAUGACGGGGGUUUUCUUGGACGCCAACAGGUUGAGGAGGAGCGUCCUGUCGGAUAUCAUGGGUGCCACCAGUGUUUACCAGGCCGCUCUGUUCCUUGAAGGGUUGGCUCAGUUCGUCGUGGGGCUUCGGGAUCACGAGUUGUUAGGGCAGUUCGAGCGGUGCAAAAUGGUUAUCAACUCGUGAAUUCAACUGGGUUUCGGAUUUUCUUGCGUAUUUUGUGUAUCAAGAUCAUUAUUUUAGGCUCAUUUAUUUUUCUUUUGAAAUCAUUUUAUUGGCAGGCAGGGUGUUGUUGCCUUGUUCAUCGCGGUCCAUUUGUAUUGUUUUAGAGUAUUUUGUCAGUUUUUAGUAGAUGCAGGAAUUUCUAUUUUCGUUGUUGUAAUAGGUACCGGUAUGUGUCAAGGAACGAUGAAAUAGAGUUCCUUCUGUUUGUGCUCUCAAUCAGGAUACAUAUACAUAACUAUGAACAUAUAAUUUAGUUUUCGAUUCAAGCACCCGUCUAGAUGAGAAGCUAUAUGACUAAUGGGCAUGGUUGUGCUAAUGUUUUGGAAAUUCCACAAGUGUCUUGAAGAGUAGAUGGUCUUCCUUUAGGACUUUAAUUAGUUGCUCUGUCAAAAAGCGGUUUAAGAAAUCAAAUAAACCUGU